AUGGCAGGCCACAGCCCUGACUACGAAGCUUCCCGCCAGCACUUUCAGCAGUGCUGCUUCCAGGAAGUGGAGACCAUCUCUGCCUACUGUCCACCACCACCUCAGAACCGCACUCUUCACGUGAAUGACAACAGCACGGGAAUUGACAACCUGGCCUGGAUCAGAGAACAUGCAGAGACCCCAGAUAGCAAGACAGAGACAUCAAGAACAAAAGAGAAUCGGAAAUGGGAUGAUACAAAGGAAGAAGAAAUGAACGAGCCUCUUCUGAGGUCCAGGUAAGUAUUUGGGCGCUCUGAGCUAAAAAGAGGCUAGGCAGGCACUCCAGUGUCAGGAAGGCAAUGAGGAGGUUCUCCAGAGAGUAAGGAGAAACCUGCAUCCCAGCAGAGGAUGAACCACUGAAGGCUUCAUACUGGGAGGAGACCUGCACACCUCCUGUGUGGGAAAAACUGCUCUCACAGCUCUCAGAGUUCUCUCUCUCUCCACCACCCAGUCCCCAAACUGGAAAAGGCUUCUAAAUGUCACGAAUGUGGGAAAAGCUUUAGUCGAAGUUCUUAUCUUGUUCGACACCAAAGAAUCGGAGAGAAACCUCCCAAGUGCAGUGAGUGUGGGAAAGGCUUCAGCUAGCACUCCAGUCUCACCGCCCACUUGAGAACUCACACAGGGGAGAGACCCUACCAGUGUGGGGAAUGUGGGAAAAGCUCCAACCAGAGCUGAAGCCUCACUGUUCCCCAGAGGACCCACACAGGGGAGAAGCCAUAUUAGCGUGCGGUCUGUGGGAAAAGAUUCAACAACAGCUUCCAGUUCAGCACUUAUGGUGAGUCCCACUGAGGAGAGCCCCACAGUUGCGGGCAGUGUGAGAAAAACUUCAACAACGGCUCCCAGUUGAGAGCCCACCAGACCCACACGAGGGAAAAACCUCACCAGUGCUCUCAGAGUGAGAAAAGCUUCACUAAGAGUCCUGCUCUGAAUGAACCAGCCUCACUGGGCCCCUCAGAAAUAGAGUACAUCAGGCAGCACCACCCAGCCCGCAAGCCCUAG